AUGCAAUUCGCCGUCGCCGCUGUUGCCCUCGCCGCUGGCGUCUCGGCCACCUACCCUGCUGCCGCCGGUAACGCCACUGAGGCCGUCUCGUGGACGACCGUCGUUACCACCGCGUUCGAGACCUACUGCCCGGGCCAGACCACCAUCACCUACGGCACCCAGACCUACACCGCCACCGAGGCCACAACCCUAACCAUCACCAACUGCCCGGGUGGCUGCACCGUCAGCGUGCCCGUCUACACCACCUCGUCCGUUAUCUGCUCCACCUGCUCGGCUGCCGAGACCACCACCGCUGAGACCUCCGCUGAGACCUCGGCCUACCCCACCACUUCUGAGGUCGCCUACCCCACCACCUCCGAGGCCACCACCGCGGUCCCCUACCCUACGAUCUCCGCCAACGGCACUCUCCCGGUCCCUGUCAGCGUUUCUACCUCUACUGGCGGUCUGAUCCCUACCACCAGUGCCGCUGGCUACCCCUCCGGCUCCUCCACCCCCUCCACCUCGCCCAUCCCCACCGCUGGUGCCGGCAAGGUCGCCGCCCUCUCGGGUGCUGGCCUCGCUGGUGUCCUCGGUAUGGUCGCUUUCGCUCUAUAA